CAGCAGCAGUGUGACUUGCAUUCUGUCCGUGCCCUCCCUCGGUCCAUAGGUGUUUUCACAUGUUCAUUGCUUCGCAUAGAGCAGAAAACGAAAACAUCGCGCUAUAACAGUGAAGCGGUAGCCAGCUAACCCAUGGCAAGUUCGGAGGCAAGAAUCAGACAAAAGAAGCGACAACGAACACCGAAUGGAGGAGUGCGCGCAGCAUUGUUUCUCGCGCUGUUUACCUGCACGCUCAGGUGUUCGGAAUGCGAAAAACCGAGCAAUAUCGUCCUGAUUUUAGCGGAUGAUCAGGAUGUGUACCUCGGGGGAAUGACACCUAUGAAGAAAACCAAAGCCUUGAUUGGAGAUGCUGGAGCCACCUUUUCAAAUGCUUUUACGGCGACCCCGCUGUGUUGCCCCAGUAGGAGUAGUAUCUUAACGGGGCAGUACCCCCAUAACCACUCAGUGAGGAACAACUCCCUGGAUGGGAACUGCUCCAGCCCUCUGUGGCAGAAAGGACCAGAGACCACGGCCUUCCCUGUCUACCUCAGCAAACAGCAUUACCAGACCUUCUACGCCGGGAAGUACCUCAACCAGUACGGGAAGAAGGAAACAGGGAAUGUUGGCUAUGUUCCCCCAGGCUGGGACCAAUGGCAUGCACUGAUGGGGAACUCUCAGUACUACAACUACACUCUGUCAGUCAACGGUAAAGAGGAGCAGCACGGAGACAAUUAUGAAAAAGACUACCUCACAGACCUCAUAUUGAACAGAUCUCUCCAUUUCCUGGAUGACAGGAGUCCCCAGCGUCCGUUCUUCAUCAUGUUGUCCCCUCCCGCCCCUCACUCCCCCUGGACCGCCGCCCCUCAGUAUGACAAAAACUUUACAGAUGUCAAAGCCCCCCGGGAUGGUAGCUUUGACAAACCCGGGAAGGAUAAACACUGGUUGUUGCGCCAGCCUAGCAACCCCAUGCCCAGCACCUCCCUAAACUUCCUGGAUAAUGCCUACAGGAAAAGGUGGCAGACCCUGCUGUCAGUGGACGACAUGGUGGAGGCUCUGGUCAAGAAACUAGAAGAGCUGAAGGAGCUCAACAACACCUACAUCUUCUACACUUCUGACAAUGGCUACCACACCGGUCAGUUCUCUCUGCCCAUUGACAAGAGACAAUUGUACGACUUUGAUAUCAGGAUCCCUCUCAUGGUACGUGGGCCAGGCAUCAAACCCCAACAGACACUCCCGGCCCCGGUGUUGAACAUAGACCUGGCUCCCACUUUUCUGGACAUCUCAGGACUCAACCUCUCCUUUGUUAAUAUGGAUGGACAGUCCUUCCUCUCUCAGAUGGCCCCUGAGCUGCGUAACGGUACAGCUCGCCCCUACUUCCUGGUAGAGUACACAGGAGAGGGACACCUUGACCCCGACCCCGCUUGCCCUAAACUGGGCCCUGGUCUGUCACAAUGUUUCCCAGACUGUGUGUGUGAGGAUGCCUACAACAACACCUAUGCCUGUGUUAGGACCCUGGUUGAACACAACCUGCAGUACUGCGAGUUUGCAGACACUGAGUCAUUUGUUGAGGUAUAUAACUUGACCUCUGACCCGCACCAAUUGGAGAACAUUGUUAAGAAGGUUGACCCCACCCUCCUCCAGGCCAUGAACCAACGGCUGAUCAAGCUGCAGUCAUGCGAGGGCGACAGCUGCCGUGCCACCAAGAUAUAACCAGUCACACUGCAAGCAGGGUGGGACCAUAGCCUAGUACCAAUGUCCAAUCCCAAAUUUACCCCAUAGCCCCUUAUCCAUAUGCAACCAAAUGUAGAUCUGAAAGGUAUUAACAAUAUGGCGAUGAGCUUGUUUGAGAACAUACAAAACGCCUCGAAAGCAGCAGUAGGUGAUGGUUGGGAGGUACAUCUGUGACCACAAUGUUGGACACCAUCAGAGGUUUUCCCAAAGCACGGCUCAUAUCAAUAUGGCUGUCAAUGUUUAGAAAAUCCCAAUAGAAUAUGAAAAUAAGGUCCACAUUGAUAUAUUUGGCUUGAUAUUCACCAGAUUGCUUGUGGCGUAAUGCUCCUUUUUAGAUCUACAAGUGCUUAGGAGCGAGGGCUAGAGAGGUCGAUUUGGGAUUGGACAAAUGUUGUCUGAGUAUAAUUAGCAUAGUGAGCACUGUUCCACCUGAACUGUGCUGAUGUUUCACUCUGUGGAUGGACUAACCCAAACUCUCUACCUACCCUCAGUCCAUCCACAUACUGUGAUGUUAUUGUGUUGGCAGACAUGUUGCACUGUAUAGACUCCUUGGGUGCGUUCCAGAGACACAUUUUACAUGCAGAUGAUGAUAAUUUGGUGGGUGCUUAUAUUUGUCCUAUUUCACUCAUUGUAUUAUACGCAUGUGUGAAUUGGAAUUUAAGGAACCACAUCAGUAUGUUCUAAUAAGAAUAUAUAUGCAGAAAAUGUACCUGGAACACACUGUUUAUCAUGAUUAUGUUCUUUAUAUCUGAGUACAGGGUCUGGCAUCCAAUCAACCUUUUUCUCACUAGCCAGAGCCAAUCAGAAGUCAGUGUCAUAACCACCGAAAGGAAGCGGUUGCAAUAGCAAUGUAGAGGUUUUGACCCAAUUUAGCCCAAGGUUUCCCGGAGUAGGAUGAAGUUGUCCCUAGACACCGAUCUGUUAUUCCCCCCCCCCACUUCUCGCCCAAUGGAAUGAUUUCCCUGUUUGCUACUCGCUGUAUGUAUGGAGCAUAAGGAAGACGAGAGCUGUGUUUUACAUUUUAGUCUAUGAGCACUUUUCCAGGGAAAGAGAGGUGAAAGAAGGGAAAACUGAAUGAGCCUGUUCCUACAGAAUGUGAGCCCAGAGGACAAGUGGUAUUUGUCCUAUCUUUGCUGUUUGUGUGCCUCCCAACCUGCCUCACAAUAAGCUGUACUUUCUUUCAUUUAGUGUGCACUUGUUGACUUCGUGGAUUUCAAAGUAAAUUACUGGUAUUAAGACAUUAACUCCCUUUAGUCCAUGUCUAUACUGAUCCAAUGGUAUUAAAUGUAUGGGAAGGAGUGUACAAGUGCACACUUUUGAAGAAAGAACAGAUUGGGACACAGGCAAGGUGUCUGAGAAUGUGAAGUUUACUGUCUGUAAACAAAAUGUUCUACAAUGACUGAUACAAUCUGAGUAUUAACCAUUACAGCCAUGACCCUUUUUUCCCCAAAAUAAAUCAAGAGGGACAUUUUCCUAGAUGUAGAUCAGACAAAUGUUAUAUUCGUGUGGAAUCGUUUUGAAAAAUCAAUGUGGCCUUACAGACAGGAAUAUAUCACUGAUUAUUUAAGGGAAUUGUUCAUACUCUAACCUUUGAUAUGGACGAAGAUGACGUAAUCUGUGUGCCUUGUCUUUUUGCACUGAAGCAGCUUUUUAAUGCUUUGUUCAAUGUGACCGCAUCAUGAGAAAUCAAUAAAUGAAAAAGCAUUCCA